AAAGAGGUAAAAGUGUUGAAAUGUAACAUUUCUAAUGAAAUAAUGUCAACUGCUUUAAGUGACAGGUUUGCUUAAUUUGCAAAGAUGUGACGUCAAAGUUCAACUCAUAUGGAGAAUAAUGUUUCAAAUAAUAAAUGAAUAAGGGAUGAUUAUAGACUAGGAUUUAAUUGGCACUUCUUUAAUCUAUAUUCCUCUCAGUGAACAACUGCUUAUAAGAUCAACUAAUGUAAUUCCUGUUGUUAUAAUACCAAUACUAAUGACAUUUCUCAUUUCUAAUGAGACAUUGUUAAAAAAUCUGCAAGAAAUGACAGGCCCAUAAAAUGCAGUUUUACCAUGAAUUUACCAGUAGGAUCUGUGACAAUUUAUAUAAUGUAUGCCUCAGGCAACAUAAUAUACAAUUUACAGGCUGGGAUCGGACAACUUUCACAACUGGUGCUAUGCCACAGGACCCUUUUCAGUCAGGUGUAAUGUGUCACAUGUGCAUGUAUCAUAUUACUCACUCUGACAGAUACACUGUCACUUUUGUUGCUUGGUAACCUGAUCCAGCUGUUGUCCAGAAGACAACUGUAUCUAUAGCAACAGCCUGUAUAAUUUAUCAGUCCACAGUGGUGAAAACAUGGAGCAGGUAAGAUGUUUUGAUGUUGGGUGAGAACUGCAUCUGUUUUCUUUGUGUGUGUAAACUACAACUCACCUUGUUGCAUGUUUCUUGAGGAUUGUAUCGCCGGUCUGUACCGAUCCCUGGGUAUGUCUGUCGGAGCAGAGUUUACCUCUGAAGAUGUGAGUCUCCUCUACCUCAAAGUGUUUCAUUUUUCCUCCAACACUGAUGAAGCACAUGUGGCCAAGAAGAAGAUUGCAGGAGGUGAUAUUAGUUGGUCUUGUGUUGGUGAAAAUGUGUUGGAUGUUCUCCUUGAAAUGGAAAGGGACAGAGAAAAUAAGGAAAAGCUCUACUGGGACCUCCAGCUGGUGAAUGUUGGAAAUCUCAACACUCUCUAUAUGUUGGACAAACCAGUUAUUAUGGAUCCUUGUGUGCAGAAAUGCCUCCACCAAAACACAGAUCCAAAUACUUUUAAAAAAGAGCUGCAUGGGAGUGUGAGAGGUGUGCAGAGGCUGAGGAAGGCAGCCAGGCAGUGCUGGGCCAGAUUGACAUCAGAGGGUGUGCACAGUGUAUUGCCCCCCCAGCAGGGCAGAAGCCUCGGGGUACGGCAUCAGGCCUGGGGCUGUGUCUCCACGUCAGACGUCCUUCUCUUGGUGGAAGUGAAGUAUGAUGUGGUGACCCAGCUGCUUUACACAGAAAUGCUGCAGGAGCACUACACUCUGAGUAUCUGGGAGACCCUGCUGUCAUGGCAACAACAUGAGGAAAGGGAGGGGCUAGGAGAUCGUGCAGAUGAGGCUUUGGAGUCAGGAGACAUGCUUCGUUUGUCGGAGCUGCCAGGAGCAUUCAGAAUAUACAGGGCCUGCGUGAAAAGCCCUCCUGAGUCCAGGGAACAGUCAUGGUCUGCCGUGUCGCUCCUGUGUGAGCUACACACAUUUCGUCAACAAGAAAAGGACACUCUAACUGUCCUGGGCCAGAGGCUGGACAGGGAGAGCCUGAGACUGUUGUGUUUAUUCAUCAGUUUAGCAACUCUCAGAGCCCAGAGAGAAAAGAUGUCCUACAGCGCUCUGCUGGCAGCUCGGCAGUCCUGGGAGACAUGGCCACAUGUAGAGAGUCCCUGCAGAGCAGAACAGGCGACCCUAUGGCUACAUGGUGAAGAGGAAGAGCAGAAGAAAGACUUUAUCUCAGUGUCACCACAGCAGCAGGCAGUGCUGCAGUUGCUGGUGCUGAUUCAGGAUCAGGAGAGAGAGCACCUGGUCCAGUUGGCAAACAGGGUCUCCAUGGAGGAUUUGCAAGAACCAGUGCCUUCAAAGGAGGAAAGUAACCCGGAAGCUGCUUUGAGAAAAGCCUGUAUAAAAAGGCUGAGACAAAUCUAUACCGGCCUGCAGACAAGCAAUGACACUCAGACCCCCUUAAAGCAAACAGACCAUCAGCCCCAGCCUCAUAUAAGCAGUCAAACAGCAGUGCGGUACAAACACCAGCUGGAGCAGUGUUCCCUGCUCCUGUUGACCCAUCUGAUGGAGCUCCAGGAGGUCCAAGCGACCACAUUACUGCCAGCACUGAAGGACGAGAGUGCAGAGAGUAUCCAAGCUCUGCGAGAUGAAUAUAAAUCUGAACUUCAAGCACCGCGCUACACCAACCUCCUCCAACUGAUAUCAGACGCCCCUCUUACUUCAGGCUCAAUACUCACUACUGAUCCAAACUUAAAAGAAAGUAGCAGCAAUGCUCAAAACAGCAUCAAAGGGCCAGAUGAAACUUCAAGCGUGGAUUCAAUCAGUGACCUACAGGUGGUGCAGGCCACAGAAUGUACCGACCAACAGGACGUCUGUACAGGUUGUGGAGCAGUCAUGGAAGAUCUGCCCUACUUGGAGACCUUGUGUGUAUCAGAUGCAACAAGCAAUACUCACAACACAGACGGGGGAGCCCAGGGUGAAGAAGGUGCCGCUGCAACAAAGAGCCCCCAGAGUUUUGAGAAACAGGGCUCACUGAUCGCCUUUGCUUGGAGCCAACCAGCAGAGGAUGAGACCGACUAUGAGGAAGGAAGGGCAGCAGGAGCAGCACAGAGACAGGAAGUACAGUCAAGUGACACAAGCAGCACAGCUGAACACACACAGGGUGAGGAGACUUCAGCAGAGAGUGACAGAGAAGAGAAGAAACCCACUCAGCUCCGCUCUGAAUCCACAGAUCAUCCUCACGCACAGUCUGCAGACCAGCAGGACAGCACAGUAGAACAGUUGACCUUCGAGGAAAGAGCAACAACUUAUCGACCAGAGAAAGGAGAUUUUGAAUGUGACCUGCAAACAAAAGCUUUGGGAGCAGAGACCCUGCAGGCUCUAAACAUCUUUGAACCUCCUGAGGUUGAGCGGCAUGCUAGUGACUACUACUCUGAACUGGGUAAUAAAGAGACCCCAGAUGUGGACAGAGAAAUGCUCGAGGUGGAAAUGUGUGCCAAUGAGCUGUGGGACCUGAGAGGGCCUGAACCAGCUCAUGUUGAUUACCACGAAUACAAAUCACAAGUCACAGUUGACUGUAGCCCUGCAGGAAGAGAGGCAAUGAGGGAAUCCACACUGAUGGAGAGAGAGCGAGCAAGAGAGCCUGUGUCUGCGAUGGAGAGAGAAAGGACAAUGCGCAACCUGGUGGACAUGCAACGAAAGGUGGAACAGAGGCAGCAGAGAGAUAAAGAGAGACAACUACUGAGGGUUCAGGAGCAUCUGUCCAUCAUCCACAACAGAAAGGCAGAGGAAGACCUGCUUGGAUUGAAACACACUGACAGGCUAAGGCACCUCACACAAGAUCUCCCACAGGAGGACAAGAAUCAGCAAAAGAUGGUUGUCAAAGAGCGACUGGAGCAGCUGAGAAGAGAGCGCUCCUACGUCAUGCAGUCCAAACGAGCCAGGAACACUGCAGGAUUUAAGGAACUUCUGGGUCCAGUAGCUCUCCACAGCAGACAACCAAAUGAUGGAGCAGACUGAGGAACUACAGAUUCUUUAAUUAAUUUCUAAUUGAACAAGGAGUGUUACCCAGAUUAAUUAUCAGAUAAUAUUCUGAUGUGUGCGAGUAUAAUUCAGAUUAACACAACAUGAGAGAUGUGGUGUGAUCAUAUGAAAUAAAACAGAUGUCAAAUUUGAAGUGAGUUGUUUAUUAUACAGUUAAUUAUCAUCUCGACAAACAUAAGCAUCAACAGUAAUGUCAUUUAUCAAUGACCCCCCCUUUAGUUGUGUACACAUUAUCCCUGUUGCAUACAUAAUGAGUCCCACAGGUGCAUGUUAAGUCUACAGAGGUUCCAUCAACUCUUUUAUAUGUGAACAUACCAUUUAUAUCGGCACUGUUGGCCAUUACUCGCUUGUGUAAGAAACAAUGUGACUACACAACAGACACAGCUGUAGACUUUGAAUACACCUCUGGACUCGGGCUAUUGCUAUUUACAGGUAUAUGGGGACAGGAAUAUUUUAACAUGUCAAAGGAUGUAAGUUUGGCUAAUAACACUACGAUGGGGAGAUAUGUAUAUUACAUAGAUUUGGUGCGGGCCCAGUGGUUUUCCUGCAAGAGAGGGAGAUCUCUCAACCCUGGUGAGCAGAGGGAAAUGUCUACAUGGAUAGCAAAUAAACAUUCGGCUUUUUUACCUCUUAAAAUUGACCCUAUAUAGUGUCCACUCACACUGCAGUCCAACACAAAGCCGUACUACCUAUCGCUCUAAUAUGCCAGAACAUUCCACAGCAGCUCACACACACUGAGCCACUGCAUUACACACACACACAUAAGUAUCUCCUCAAACCAAAUGAACAGUUCACAACUGAGGUUCAAGUUAUGUGGUCUCGGACACACUAACUUUCAAACAAAACAAAGAAAGCAUGUUUGAUUUCCAAACUAAGAAAACAUAGCUGACAGGAGCUUUACUAAGGACUUUAAUAUUUUAGCAAUGUGACAGCCAGGGGACUUAACAGAAACCGUUCCAUUUCAAAACAUGACGGGUCACCUUAGAGGAUGAGCUUCUAGGCUGUGCAGAGGACAAACUUUUAGGGCUGUAUUCAGGUCAGCAUUUAUGGUAGCAGGGCACUUUGAUAGCUGUCACACACUGAUAUUUGAACAGGUGUGGUGUCAAGAUUUCUCUGUAGUGUCCUGUCUGGACCCCGGAUAUACAAGUGCAAGAUCUUCAGCAAGAAAGCAGCAUGCGCUUGUGUGUG